AUGACCCCAUCAAAAAGUCAUCAAUUUCAAGCUGCAUUUAACUGCAUCGAUAUUAUGAAUGCCCAGUUGUUAAGAAUUGAUGAAGAUGAAACUGUUGGAAGUAUUCGAGAUUUAAUACUUAGUUUAAGAAAUCCGCAAAAAAUUACAAAUACAAACAUUUUGAUGCAAUCUCUUGCUGGUGCUGAUGGUCCUGCAACUACUCACUUUUAUCAAAGUGAUUUAUCAUCAUUUUACGCUGGUAAUAAUAGCGAUGAUAAUGCUAAUAUUGGUGAUUACAAUGAAAAUAAUUGUAAUAGUAAUAGUAAUAAUGACAAUGAUGAACCGAAACCAUCAACUUCCGGGAAUUAUUAUAAUGGAUGCGCAAUAGAAUAUAAACCGUCCACUUCUGUAUUUGCAACAUUGUUAUCAGGAAAUUUAUUAUCGAGAAAUGAAGUAGUUCAAAUAUUUUCACGAUUUGGAAAAGUAAAAGAAGUAGAAUGGGCUCAUUUAAAUGGCAGCGAUGGAUAUAUUAUAGAGUUUAGUAAUGAAAAUGAAAAAGACAAUAUUAUUAAGAUUUGGGGAAGUAAGUUGACGAUGGAGGGAAGAAUACUGAAACUUUGGUGUCCCAAACAACCAUACUUAUUAUUUAAAAGCAAAUUGGAUGAUUUUAAUGACGAAGGCUGCAAUUUUUGUCCAUCAAAGGAAGACGAUAAACGGUUGUGUGGGUCAGGGAAUAUAUUGCAAAGUAAAGUGAACAAAAGUACUAGCAAUUAUCAGCAAAGUUGUAAUGAUAACAAAAGUAGCACCAACAUAACAAAUCUCAAUGAAUACAUGCCUUCCCCGGAACGUCCGAGAAAUCGACCAACUCCAGCAACCGCUCUUUUGUUGAAGCAAAUUUCUCAAAUUAAUAAUAAAUCUGAGAUUAAUCAUUUUUGCGAUAGAAUAUCUUGGAAUAACGGUAAAGAAAAGAAUCAAUUUCUAAAUUUACCAGCACCUUAUCAUUUAUUACCUGAUACACCUUACUUUCGUCGUGCACCAAUUGUACCACCACCAACAAGGAAUUUGUCGACAACUGAGCAAAUAUCCGUUCAACAACGUAUUAUCAAUCGUUAUUUGGCAAGUAUGAAAAUUGAUGACGAAAAUGGAUUUGAUGCUAUAGCAAAAUAUGAACAGCAAUGUUAUCAACAAUUAUCAACUACAACAUACUAUCCUUCAACGUUAUUAAUGCAGAAACAGCAAAUAUUACAAAAUUAUGGAGAUGGAUUUAGAGAUUCUGGCUUAAUUACGGCCAAUACAGCGAAGAAACUAGUGAGAGAAAUAAAGUCUGACUUACUUACGCCAAAUGAUUUAUUCGCUCCGCCGAAAACCGAUGACCGUACGAGAAUUUGUACUUAUUAUCAAAAUAAUUUUGAUAAUAAUUAUAUAACACUGCCUGCAACAUAA